AUGGACAAUGUAUACAUCGAUGCAUCAAAAAAUGAAGACAGAGUUGGAGCAGAAAUUUAUUCGGAAUACCCCUCAAGUCCUGCUAAUCAUCACCAAAAGGAAGUUUUAUCUUCUAAACCCAGUCAACAUUUAGUAAAAGUAUCUUCCCGAAAUGGACCACUUACUUCAAAAGCUUCGCUCACGUACUUAAAGAGGGAAAUAAAACGUAGAUGUGAGCUACCCAAGAUCGCUAUGACAAAUGGCAUAGCUUUAUGUCAUUUUAUUCUAAAAGAACUAAAAGUCUAUAAGAGACUCUGCGGCAAAAUUCAACUACAACUACAAUUAAAAUAUUUUGGACAUUUCCUGAGGUCAUACAAAGACAAUAUGGAACAACUUGUCAUUUACGGGAAGGUAAAAGGCCAAAGACCACGAGGAAUAUCUCCAACGAGAUGGAUUGACCUGAUCAUAGGAAGUUGA